AUGAGUGAACCAUCCAGCUGCGACCUGAGAGGCGACGUGAGAGGGCUGAGAUCGACGCGUUGCGGUCGUUUCCUGUUCUCGCAUCAGACCGUAUCGGCGCGUGAACACUUUAGUCUCGAGCGCGGUCUUCCUCGCAAUCCGGCUCGCGUGCUUCGUGAACACUCUUGGUAUGCCGAACUCGUCGAGGACAUCGUCUGCGAGCUUGAGCGCUCGCAUCGCAGCGCUCACGAUCGCAUCAAGGCGCAUGGCAGCCACGAUGCAGGUGUCCAGGUCUACUUUGCGAGCUUUUCGAGCCUCUUCGCACGCUACCGCCAGCAGAAGCGUCUCGCCACACAACCAAACGUUGCUGCAGCGAGGGAUUCGAGGCGCCGCCAGAGCACGCGAGCUCAAAAGAAGAGGAAGCGGCGCUCGAAGUACCUAACUGGCGAUGAGGAGCUGCGGCGUCGAUUUCACGGGUUUGACUUUGCCGCCAUCAGGGAGGCGAUGAGCGCCGAAGUCUCCGAGGCCGAGGAGGAGAGCCAAACCGGCUCCCAGCACCACGCAGGCUCGGAUGGCGGUGGGGAUGGCCACGCACAUGCCAUCGUCGUCGUCGCGCCUCCUUGGCGCCCGCUUGAGCUGCACAAUGCUCAGCGCGAGAUCGAUACUCGGCUCGAGCAGCGCCGUGCCAGCGCCGUGGCGCCGUCGCCGACGCCGACCAAGACGGGGUCCAGACGGACGGGCCGAGUCUGUUGGCCAACAUCCAGCGUUGCGAUGAUGCCUUUUCCCGGUAGCGUCCAGCGCUGGAUGGUCAAUGGCGAGAUCGCGAGCAGGUGUCCGCAUCUCGUCGCCAACUUCAGCCCAAACAACGUCGGCACAGUGGAGGCGGGCAGCGUCACUGCCAUCAUCCGGACGCCGGAGCAGUGGGGCCAGCAGCCGCCUUGCCGCAUCCACGAGCCGGUCGCUAGCUCCGCUGCGCCAGAGCAGGCGGCGGCGGUGGCCAGCUCCUCUGACCCUCGCAGCCCGGGCAGCGAGCUCCAUAGGGAUCACACCGAGCUCGAUAGCGACGACAACCACGGCACCGUGCAUGGUUGGGACGAUCUCCUCGACCCAGGUCUGCGCGACUAA